AUGCGCGUUCCACGCCGGCGGCGCUCGGAGGGGCUCCGAGCAGAGUGCCGGACUCUCGCGGACUUCCCGCGCACCUCGGCACGGCAGCAGCUGUGCGCGGGGAUGCGCGUUCCACGCCGGCGGCGCUCGGAGGGGCUCCGAGCAGAGUGCCGGACUCUCGCGGACUUCCCGCGCGCCUCGGCACGGCAGCAGCUGCGCGCGGGGACGCGCGUUCCACGCCGGCGGCGCUCGGAGGGGCCCCGAGCAGAGUGCCGGACUCUCGCGGACUUCCCGCGCACCUCGGCGCGGCAGCAGCUGCGCGCGGGGAUGCGCGUUCCACGCUGGCGGCGCUCGGAGGGGCUCCGAGCAGAGUGCCGGGCUCUCGCGGACUUCCCGCGCACCUCGGCACGGCAGCAGCUGCGCGCGGGGAUGCGCGUCCCACGCCGGCGGCGCUCGGAAGGGGCUCCGAGCAGAGUGCAGGGCUCUCGCGGAUUUCCCGCGCGCCUCGGCGCGGCAGCAGCUGCAGUGCGCGGGGAUGCGCGUUCCACGCCCGGCGGCGCUCGGAAGGGCUUCGAGCAGAGUGCCGGGACGCGCGUCCCACGCCGGCGGCGCUCGGAGGGGCUCCGAGCAGAGUGCCGGACUCUCGCGGACUUCCCACGCACCUCGGCGCGGCAGCAGCUGCGCGCGGGGAUGCGCGUUCCACGCCGGCGGCGCUCGGAGGGGCUCCGAGCAGAGCGCCGGGCUCUCGCGGACUUCCCACGCACCUCGGCACGGCAGCAGCUGUGCGCGGGGAUGCGCGUUCCACGCCGGCGGCGCUCGGAGGGGCUCCGAGCAGAGUGCCGGGCUCUCGCGGACUUCCCACGCACCUCGGCACGGCAGCAGCUGCGCGCGGGGAUGCGCGUUCCACGCCGGCGGCGCUCGGAGGGGCUGCCGGACUCUCGCGGACUUCCCGCGCGCCUCGGCGCGGCAGCAGCUGUGCGCGGGGAUGCGCGUUCCACGCCGGCGGCUCUCGGAGGGGCGCUCCGAGCAGAGUGCCGGACUCUCGCGGACUUCCCACGCCUCGGCACGGGGCUCCGAGCAGAGUGCAGGGCUCUCGCGGAUUUCCCGCGCGCCUCGGCGCGGCAGCAGCUGCAGUGCGCGGGGAUGCGCGUUCCACGCCGGCGGCGCUCGGAGGGGCUCCGAGCAGGGCGCGGGGCUCUCGCGGACUCCCCGCGCGCCUCGGCACUGCAGCAGCUGUGCGCGGGGAUGCGCGUUCCACGCUGGCGGCGCUCAGAGGGGCUCCGAGCAGAGUGCCGGGCUCUCGCGGACUUCCCGCGCACCUCGGCGCGGCGGCAGCUGCGCGCGGGGAUGCGCGUUCCACGCUGGCGGCGCUCGGAAGGGGCUCAGAGUGCCGGACUCUCGCGGCCUUCCCGCGAACCUCGGCGCGGCAGCAGCUGUGCGCGGGGAUGCGCGUUCCACGCUGCUGGCGGCGCUCGGAGGGGCUCCGAGUCCGAGCAGGGUGCCGGGCUCUCGCGGACUUCCCGCGCUCCUCCGCACGGCAGGAGCUGCGCGCGGGGGCGCGCGUUCCACGCUGGCGGCGCGGGACUCCGAGCAGAGUGCUGGGCCCUCGCAGACUUCCCGCGCGCCUCGGCGCGGCAGCAGCUGCGCGCUGGGAUGCGCGUUCCACGCCGGCGGCGCUUGGAGGGGCCCCGAACAGAGUGCCGGACUCUCGCGGACUUCCCGCGCGCCUCGGCACGGCAGCAGCUGCGCUCGGGGAUGCGCGUUCCACGCCGGCGGCGCUCGGAGGGGCUCCGAGCAGAGCGCCGGACUCUCGCGGACUUCCCGCGCGCCUCGGCACGGCGGCAGCUGCGCGAGGGGAUGCGCGUACCACGCCGGCGGCGCUCGGAGGGGCUCCGAGCAGAGUGCCCGACUCUCGCGGACUUCCCGCGCUCCUCCGCACGGCAGGAGCUGCGCGCGGGGACGCGCGUUUCACGCCGGCGGCGCUCGGAGGUGCUCCGGGCAGAGUGCUGGGCUGUCGCGGACUUCCCGCGCGCCUCGGCGCGGCAGCAGCUGAGCGCGGGGAUGCGCGUUCCACGCCGGCUCCGAGCGGAGUGCCGGGCUCUCGCGGACUUCCCGCGCGCCUCGGCGCGGCAGCAGCCGCGCGCGGGGGCGCGCGUUCCACGCCGGCAGCGCUCGGAGGGGCUCCGAGUCCAAGCAGAGUGCCGGACUCUCGCGGACUUCCCGCGCGCCUCGGCGCGGCAGCAGCUGCGCGCGGGGAUGCGCGUUCCACGCCGGCGGCGCUCGGACGGGCUCCGAGCAGGGCGCGGGGCUCUCGCGGACUCCCCGCGCGCCUCGGCACGGCAGCAGCUGCGCGCGGGGAUGCGCGUUCCACGCCGGCGGCGCUCGGAGGGGCUCCGAGCAGAGUGCCGGGCUCUCGCGGACUUCCCGCGCACCUCGGCACGGCGGCAGCUGCGCGCGGGGAUGCGCUUUCCACGCCGGUGGCGCUCGGAGGGGCUCCGAGCAGGAUGCCGGACUCUCGCGGCCUUCCCGCGAACCUCGGCGCGGCAGCAACUGUGCGCGGGGAUGCGCGGUCCACGCCGGCGGCGCUCGGACGGGCACCGAGCAGAGUGCCGGGCUCUCGCGGACUUCCCGCGCGCCUCGGCGCGGCAGCAGCUGCGCGCGGGGAUGCGCGUUCCACGCUGGCGGCGCGGGGCUCCGAGCGGAGUGCUGGGCCCUCGCAGACUUCCCGCGCACCUCGGCACGGCAGCAGCUGCGCGCUGGGAUGCGCGUCCCACGCCGGCGGCGCUCGGAGGGGCCCCGAGCAGAGUGCCGGACUCUCGCGGACUUCCCGCGCACCGCGGCGCGGCAGCAUCUGUGCGCGGGGAUGCGCGUUCCACGCCGGCGGCGCUCGGAUGGGGCCCCGAGCAGAGGGCGUGCCGGACUCUCGCGGACUUCCCGCGCGCCUCGGCGCGGCAGCAGCUGUGCGCGGGAAUGCGCGUUCCACGCCGGCGGCGCUCGGAGGGGCUCCGAGCAGAGUGCCGGACUCUCGCGGACUUCCCAGGCGCCUCGGCACGGCGGCAGCUGCGCGCGGGGACGCGCGUUCCACGCCGGUGGCGCUCGGGGGGGCUCCGAGCAGAACGCCGGGCUCUCGCGGACUUCCCGCGCGCCUCGGCGCGGCAGCAGCUGCGCGCGGGGGCGCGCGUUCCACGCCGGCGGCGCUCGGAGGGGCCAGCUCCGAGCAGAGAGCCGGGCUCUCGCGGACUUCCCGCGCGCCUCGGCGCGGCAGCAGCUGCGCGCGGGGGCGCGCGUUCCACGCCGGCGGCGCUCGGAGGGGCUCCGAGCAGAGUGCCGGGCUCUCGCGGACUUCCCGCGCACCUCGGCACGGCGGCAGCUGCGCGCGGGGAUGCGCGUCCCACGCCGGCGGCGCUCGGAAGGGGCUCCGAGCAGAGUGCAGGGCUCUCGCAGACUUCCCGCGCGCCUCGGCGCGGCAGCAGCUGCAGUGCGCGGGGGUGCGCGUUCCACGCCGGCGGCGCUCGGAGGGGCUCCGAGCAGGGUGCGGGGCUCUCGCGGACUCCCCGCGCGCCUCGGCACUGCAGCAGCUGUGCGCGGGGAUGCGCGUUCCACGCUGGCGGCGCUCAGAGGGGCUCCGAGCAGAGUGCCGGACUCUCGCGGACUUCCCGCGCGCCUCGGCACGGCGGCAGCUGCGCGCGGGGAUGCGCGUUCCACGCUGGCGGCGCUCGGAAGGGGCUCAGAGUGCCGGACUCUCGCGGCCUUCCCGCGAACCUCGGCGCGGCAGCAGCUGUGCGCGGGGAUGCGCGUUCCACGCUGGCGGCGCUCGGAGGGGCUCCGAGUCCGAGCAGAGUGCCGGGCUCUCGCGGACUUCCCGCGCUCCUCCGCACGGCAGGAGCUGCGCGCGGGGACGCGCGUUCCACGCUGGCGGCGCGGGACUCCGAGCAGAGUGCUGGGCCCUCGCAGACUUCCCGCGCGCCUCGGCGCGGCAGCAGCUGCGCGCUGGGAUGCGCGUUCCACGCCGGCGGCGCUUGGAGGGCCCCGAACAGAGUGCCAGACUCUCGCGGACUUCCCGCGCGCCUCGGCACGGCAGCAGCUGCGCUCGGGGAUGCGCGUUCCACGCCGGCGGCGCUCGGAGGGGCUCCGAGCAGAGCGCCGGACUCUCGCGGACUUCCCGCGCGCCUCGGCACGGCGGCAGCUGCGCGAGGGGAUGCGCGUACCACGCCGGCGGCGCUCGGAGGGGCUCCGAGCAGAGUGCCCGACUCUCGCGGACUUCCCGCGCUCCUCCGCACGGCAGGAGCUGCGCGCGGGGACGCGCGUUCCACGCCGGCGGCGCUCGGAGGUGCUCCGGGCAGAGUGCUGGGCUGUCGCGGACUUCCCGCGCGCCUCGGCGCGGCGGCAGCUGCGCGCGGGGAUGCGCUUUCCACGCCGGUGGCGCUCGGAGGGGCUCCGAGCAGGAUGCCGGACUCUCGCGGCCUUCCCGCGAACCUCGGCGCGGCAGCAGCUGCGCGCGGGGAUGCGCGGUCCACGCCGGCGGCGCUCGGACGGGCACCGAGCAGAGUGCCGGCUCUCGCGGACUUCCCGCGCGCCUCGGCGCGGCAGCAGCUGCGCGCGGGGAUGCGCGUUCCACGCUGGCGGCGCGGGGCUCCGAGCGGAGUGCUGGGCCCUCGCAGACUUCCCGCGCACCUCGGCACGGCAGCAGCUGCGCGCUGGGAUGCGCGUCCCACGCCGGCGGCGCUCGGAGGGGCCCCGAGCAGAGUGCCGGACUCUCGCGGACUUCCCGCGCACCGCGGCGCGGCAGCAUCUGUGCGCGGGGAUGCGCGUUCCACGCUGGCGGCGCUCGGAUGGGGCCCCGAGCAGAGGGCGUGCCGGACUCUCGCGGACUUCCCGCGCACCUCGGCGCGGCAGCAGCUGUGCGCGGGGAUGCGCGUUCCACGCCGGCGGCGCUCGGACGGGCUCCGAGCAGAGUGCCGGACUCUCGCGGACUUCCCAGGCGCCUCGGCACGGCGGCAGCUGCGCGCGGGGAUGCGCGUUCCACGCCGGGGCCAGCUCCGAGCAGAGUGCCGGGCUCUCGCGGACUUCCCGCGCGCCUCGGCGCGGCAGCAGCUGCGCGCGGGGGCGCGCGUUCCACGCCGGCGGCGCUCGGAGGGGCUCCGAGCAGAGUGCCGGACUCUCGCGGACUUCCCGCGCGCCUCGGCGCGGCAGCAGCUGCGCGCGGGGGGGCGCGUCCCACGCCGGCGGCGCUCGGAAAGGCCCCGAGCGGAGUGCCGGGCUCUCGCGGACUUCCCGCGCACCUCGGCGCGGCAGCAGUUGUGCGCGGGGAUGCGCGUUCCACGCCGGCGGCGCUCGGAGGGGCUCCGAGCAGAGAGCCGGGCUCUCGCGGACUCCCCGCGCACCUCGGCGCGGCGGCAGCUGCGCGCGGGGGCGCGUGUUCCACGCCAGCGGCGCUCGGAGGGGCUUUGUGCAGAGUGCCGGGCCCUCGCGGACUUCCCGCGCGCCUCGGCGCGGCAGCAGCUGCGCGCGGGGGCGCGUGUUCCACGCCGGCGGCGCUCGGAGGGGCUCCGAGCAGGAUGCCGGACUCCCGCGGACUUCCCGCGCACCUCGGCACGGCAGCAGCUGUGCGCGGGGAUGCGCGUUCCACGCCGGCGGCGCUCGGAGGGGCUCCGAGCAGAGUGCCGGACUCUCGCGGACUUCCCGCGCGCCUCGGCACGGCAGCAGUUGUGCGCGGGGAUGCGCGUUCCACGCCG